AUGCCUGCGGUUACCUAUAGAGAAGCAAGACAAAGUGCACCGGUGAUUUCAAUAAUGGGGGCAACUAAGAUUUUAAUGGACAGUACCCAUUUCAAUGAGAUCCGCAGUAUAAUCCGUUCGAGGUCCGUGGCAUGGGACGCCCUAGCCAGGUCCGAGGAACUGAGUGAAAUUGAUGCGUCUACAGCCAAGGCACUAGAAUCCAUUCUUGUGAAGAAAAGCAACGGCGGUGGUGACUACUCAUCAUCGUCGAACAAUGCAGACUCUGAGUUCAAAGUGAACGGCAAAACGUUGAUGCCAUUGAUUCACUUGCUUUCCACUUCGGACAACGAAGACUGCAAGAAAUCUGUGCAGAACUUAAUAGCCGAAUUGUUGUCGUCGGAGAAAUAUGGCGACGACACAGUGAAGUUUUUCCAGGAGGACCCCAAGCAAUUGGAGCAACUGUUUGCCGUGUCGCUUAACGGGGACUUCCAAACCGUGCUGAUUUCAGGGUUCAACGUAGUGUCGCUUUUGGUGCAAACCGGGCUGCACAACGUGAAGCUGGUGGAAAAGCUGUUGAAAAAUGACAACAUGCUCAAUAUCUUGCAGAACAUUGAGCAGAUGGACACGUGUUAUGUGUGCAUCCGUCUUUUGCAAGAACUCACGGUGGUACCAGAGUACCGCGACGUGAUAUGGUUGCACGAGAAGGAGUUCAUGCCCACGCUGUUCAAGAUCCUGCAACGCGCCACGGACUCGCAGUUGGCCACGCGCAUAGUCGCAACAAACUCGAACCACCUGGGGAUCCAAUUGCAGUACUACUCCUUGCUGUUGAUCUGGCUGUUGACCUUCAACCCCGUGUUCGCGGGCGAGAUGGUCCAGAGAUACCUGAGCGACUUCCUGGACCUGUUGAAGCUGGUCAAGAUCACGAUAAAGGAGAAGGUCUCCCGGUUGUGCAUAUCGAUCAUCUUGCAGUGCUGUUCCGUGCGCGUCAAGCAGCACAAGAAGGUCGUCAAGCAACUGUUGUUGCUCGGCAACGCCUUGCCCACGGUGCAAAGCCUAAGCGAGAGAAAGUACUCGGACGAGGAACUACGCGAUGACAUCAACAAGCUCAAGGAAAUUCUGGAAAACGAGUACCAAGAACUGACCUCUUUCGACGAAUACGUCGCCGAGUUGGACUCCAAGCUGUUGUGCUGGUCACCUCCACACGUCGACAAUGGCUUCUGGUCCGACAACAUCGAAGAGUUCAAGAAGGACAACUACCGAAUCUUCCGCCAAUUGAUCCAGCUCUUGCAGGCAAAGGUCCGCCAGGGCGACGUCAACGCGAAGCAAGAAAAGAUCAUUCUCCAGGUCGCGCUCAACGACAUCACCCACGUGGUCGAGCUUCUCCCCGAGAGCAUCGACGUCCUCGACAAGUCUGGCGGCAAAGCCGACAUCAUGGAGUUGUUAAACCAUACGGACUCCCGCGUGAAAUACGAGGCGCUCAAGGCCACCCAGGCCAUCAUUGGAUACACCUUCAAGUAG